CCACCAGCAACGGCUAAUAUCCAAGUCCCCUAAUACCUCUAGUCGCAGGAGAGUGAGCAUAGAGAAAUGGCUACUUCUCUCCUGGCUACUUUUCUUAGCUUGUCUUGCCUCUUUACUUUGAGCUUCUGCUUCCAUACCAAACACUUUGCUUUGCCGAUGGCCGGACAUGACUGGUCGCCGGCCGGAGCAACUUGGUAUGGAAGUGCCCAUGGAGCCGGAAGUGAUGGGGGAGCUUGUGGAUAUCGCAAUGCUGUGGAUCAAGCCCCCUUUUCUGCCAUGAUUGCCGCCGGAAGUCCUUCUCUCUUCAAGUCAGGCAAGGGCUGUGGUGCUUGCUAUCAGGUGAUGUGCACCACUCACGAGGCAUGUUCAAGGAAGCCGGUGACGGUCGUGAUCACCGACGAAUGCCCCGGCGGUGUAUGCUUAAAAGAAUCCGCUCAUUUCGAUCUCAGCGGCACCGCAUUCGGGGCGAUGGCCAAGCCGGGCAUGGCUGAUGAACUAAGGAACGCUGGAAUCCUCCCAAUCCAAUACUCAAGAGUUGCAUGCGAGUAUCCAGGCAAGACGAUCACCUUCCAUGUGGACUCUGGUUCUAAUCCCUACUACAUGGCAGUGGUGGUGGAGUUCGAGGAUGGUGACGGAGACCUGUCUGCUGUGGAGCUCAAGGAUGGUUCUGCCGAGUGGCGUGCCAUGGCACAAUCAUGGGGUGCGGUAUGGAGGCUCGACUCUGGAUCGACGCUCCAUGGGCCGUUGUCGAUUCAGUUGACGUCGCAAUACUCCGGCAAGAAGCUGGUGGCCAACAACGUGAUUCCGGCGGGGUGGAAGCCAGGAGCCACCUAUCGGUCUUUUGUUAACUAUAGCUAGUUAUGAGAAUUUGUGUCUCUCCACGUACCAUACUAUAUAUAGGGUGCAUGUGGUAGCUAAGCAUGCCCAUGUAUGGUUUUAUUAGUGUGCUUCUAGCUUGAUGAUCGCGUGUGAUCUAAUAUUAAUGAAUGGUGAUGGAUUAUGUUUCCGUUUGCAUGAUAUGAAAAGGUGUAUCACCAAAGGAUGCUGGUA